AUGCAACGGGCCCCGAUCCCGGGCUCCGGAUCUUCGAUGGUCGACAACUCGGACGCCGCCGCCGGGCCCAUAUCGUCGUUUGGCGCCUUGAACCUGUCUAAGAACAGCGACCCAGAUGGCCUCUCCGGACCGCAAUGGAGUUACCGCGACCCCCGGACGUCGUCCACUCAUUCCUUGGUACCAUCGGCCGACGAUGGCGAUGAGGAUAACCGGAAAAGGAGGCUCCUCGUCGUUUACAUUCACGGCUUCAUGGGGAACAAUUCUUCCUUUCGCUCGUUUCCCGCCCAUGUACACAGCUUCCUGAAGAACCUGCUGGUUGAGACCCAUGUCAUUCACACCAAGAUAUACCCACGGUACAAGACCUACAAGUCUAUCGAUGUGGCCUGUGACAACUUCAGCAAGUGGCUGGCACCUCAUGAAUCCCCUACUACCGACGUGGUUCUUAUAGGGCACUCAAUGGGUGGUUUAUUGGCUGCGGAUGUGGUUCUUUUGCCACGCAACAACCCAUACGAUACAUCACAUCCCUUCCGCCAUAGGAUCUUAGGUACCAUUUCCCUCGACGCUCCGUUGCUUGGUCUUCAUCCCGGCAUCGUGGUUUCUGGCAUCGCGAGCCUCUUCCGGCCUGCCCCCAGCCCACCGGGGAUGAGCGAGGAGGCACAGCCCGACUAUCUCCAGCCCCAAGGACUUUCGCCAGACCCAUCCAUCUAUUCUGAGGUCUCGCCCCCGUCGGGUGCUUCCUCGCCCGCUCUCAACGCGUAUCCGUCUAGCUCGACAGGAAGCUCUUCAACCCUGCCGCCCCGCGACCCAUACUUUAAUCCACCGUUCCCCAAUGAUGUGGCUUUCGUGGACCGCGGCUGGUUCAAGAACAUUCUUCACUUCGCUACCAAGCACAAGGAGGAGAACCUGGUUUAUGCGGCCGCCAACCACAUUGUGUCUCACCUCGAGUUCGGUGCGUGCCUGGCCGACUACCCCGAGCUGAAGUCCAGGUACAACAGGCUCAGGCAGCUGGAAGACGACGUCGACCCGAGCCAACCGGGGCGCUCGACGGAAGAACCCCGUGUGCGGACCCCAAGGAUAUCGGUGGAUGAAUACAGCGACGGAUCAGGACGGGAUAACCUUCAAAUCCUCGAACCCAUGCCGGAGCCUGAGUUUGAGCCCGAGCUGAAGGCUGGGCUGGAGACUGGGCCUGAGCCUGAACUCAAGCCAAAGACCGAACCUGAACUUGGGCAUGAGUUAGAGCCCAAGGUUUCUAACAAGCCCCCCGAACCGCACUCCCAACAUGAGGAUAACGCACCAGACACGACGAAUCCCACACGCACCGCCACACCCGCCGACGAUGAUGUUCCCCCUCCUGAAGAAGAACUCACAAAGCAAGACUCCAACCUCCCCACAAUCCCCUCCGUGCCCUCACCGCCCACACCCCCUAACCUAGACGCCCUCCCCGACAAGGAAUCCCGCAAACAAGCCCUGAAGGAGUACAAGGCGGCCGUCAAAACCCACAGCCAAGCCACCAAAGCCCGCGACAAAGCCCUCAAGGACCGCCAAAGAGCCCUCGACAAGCAAGAACGCCAGGCCGCCAAACUCGCCAAGAAGCAAGCCAAACUCCUCCUCCAACAGCAGCAACAGCAGCAGCAGCAGCACCCCCCACCCUCCCCAACAACAGCACCAGCAGCGAGCGACGACUCAACAACCCCAAACCCACCACCCAAAAAACCCCAAGAAAAAGAAAAGACCCCCUCCAAAACAAAACCGCCCCGCCUCCGCAAAUUCUGCCUCCUCCCCUCCCAAGCCAAGGCCGGCCGCGACCCGGCCUGGGUCGAGGUGUACAUGGAGGGGGUGGACGAGGUGGGCGCGCACUGUGGGCUAUUCCUGCCGGGCCCGCACUACGAGCGGCUGGUGGGCGAUGUCGGGGAGCGGGUGGCGCGGUGGGUGGGGGAGGAGGCUUCGAGGAGGGUUGUGGCGGGGGGUGGUGGUUGA